AUGAAUUCGCAGAGUACUUCAUCAAGAAAUGAACAGAUUUUCGACUACUCAAAUUUUCUGUCUACAGAAGAUGAGAGUUCAAGUUGGAAACGAUCAACUAGUGAUGCAAGUUUUUUCCUUGGGGGAAAAUUACCUACAGAUGAAUGCGAUACAUCUGGAAAUGUUUCGGAGAAUUCAAGAGUAUACUGGGACUUACCGGAAGCUGUAGAAGCCUCAAUUACACCUAGUUGCGGGAAUGAUAAAACUCAUAGCAAUUAUGAAGUACGGAAAUCAGAAAAAUUGUCAGUUGGUUCCGCUACAUCAUCACGUGUUCAAUUUCAUCGAGUACACUUUCAAGAACAUAACUUAUCACCAUUAAUACCUGUUAUACGUAAAGAUGGUACAAAUCGUUCACAGUCUACAUCAAUUUCACCUUUUCAAGCUUCAGAAAACUCACAUUUACUACAACAAUAUCAAGAACAACAACAGGAAGAGUAUAAUCUCGAUUCAACUCGACACGUUUCUGUUCAACAUCAUCAUCAUCAUUCAACAUCAGGCAAUAAACCUAUGCGAAAAGAGUUUUUCAACGAGUCUAGGUCAUCAUCAUCAUCUUCGGGUACCCUUAGUAAUAAAUAUAGUACUUCACUGAAUAAUGCUUUCGAUAAACGUUCUGACAAUGGAAGUAAAAUGGAGAAAUUACGACUUAUUACUUUGUCACCUAGUAUGUUAUCAUUGACGACAACAAAACCAUCAGAUGGAAAUAUUACAAUUACUAGUCAACUACCAGUUGAAGGUGGGAUUGAAAAAGAAAUGGAUAUGAACCGUCUGAAAGAAGAGUAUAAGACUAUUUCAAAUUGUGAAUACUUGUUAACUAAAGCUCGUCAAGCAUGUGAGAAUCAAUCUGAUCUGAGUAUUUUAACUGCCGAUCUCAUAAAGCAUAAUGGUCUUCUAGAAACCCUUGCAUCUAGACUUAUCAAACAAUCACCGUUCCCUUCUGAAGCACAUAUUAUUGAUUCUUCUCAAGAUAUGCAUACACUGUCUUCACUCAAUGAUAAUCUGGAUACAAGUGAGCAGAUUACAGAAGCUACAGAUAAUUUAAAUGGAAAAUCUUUGAAAUUAUCUGGUACAGUAGACUUGGAAUCUUCAGAUUUACAUCAUUACAAUGAAGCUAAUAAACAGAUUGUUAUCGGUUCAGCACGAUUACUUAGUCAGAUAUUAUCAGAGAAUCAUUUACUCAAUGUGUUAGAUGAGAAAUUAUCAUCCCAAAAGUACUCAUCUAAUCCUCCAUGUGAACUUGUAUUCGAUCAGAUAGAUAAACGUGUUAUUCAAAAGCAAGAAUGUAACCCAUCUCGUACUUCACCAUCAUAUGAUAACGACUAUGAAAAGUCAACUAGUACAACUCCAACCAAUACAACAGCAGCGACAGCAUCACUACCAACAACCUUAUCAUUAUCACAGACAAUUUCACCGUACAACGAACAAUUACAAUCAUGUGCACAUGUAACUGAAUUAUUAAAGAAUAUUAUAGGCAAAUGUUGGGAGUAUCGUGAAGAUGUAGAUAUCUAUCGUGAAUAUUUAGCAAUUUUAGAACCUUUACUGAAGCAUACGGAGACAAUGUGUAACACUGUCGUUGAACACGGAGGACUUCGGAGCUUAAUUUAUGCCUGUCGUUCUAAUGAUCUCCCAUCUUUACGUCAAACAGCUGUCUGCUUAAUGAAUUUAGCGUUGUUUGGUGGGAGUGAAGGUCAUAGUGAAAUGAUGCGUCAACAUGCUAUUGAAUGGCUAUUUUGUUUAGCUUUUCAUCAAGAUGAAGUAAUUAAAUACUUUGCUUGCUUGACCAGUGCUGUAUUGUCUACUAAUCCGGAAUUAACCGCAGCUGUAAAUGCCUCUGGUACUCUCAAUCUUGUGGUCCCUUUUGUACGUUCCCAUUCACCGAUAGAAUUUGCUCGAAAGCAUUUGGUUGCUGCUUUUCAGUGUUCUUGUAAAAUAACUUUCCUCAUACUCCAGAAAUACAAACAACCGAAUCAAUAUAAAGGAGGAUCAGCUGAUUGGUUAAAUCGUUUAACACCAGUUAUGUUUAGUAAACAAUUUGAACCACGUGUUCUGGUCACCUUCCAUUUUGCUGUUGAGGCUACACUGAAGUCUGACAUGAAAUGUAGUGAAGCUUUUUAUCAAUCCAAUAUCAUAGAAAAAUUGCGUAAUGUUGUGUGUAGUUCAACGUUUAUGGAAUCUAAAUUUGCUGCGAUGGCUUUGCAUAUUCUUGGCGAAGAAGUUCCAAGCAGAUUACCAGCUCAAGUACCAUUAUGGGAUCAUGGCGAAGUCGAAUGCUGGUUGUCCCGUAGAGGAUUCAAAGAGUUAGCUUACAAGUUUUCAGAUUUACGUGUUGAUGGAGAUUUAUUACUUCGACUAGAUGAAUGCAUAUUAGAAAAAGAUUUAGGAGUUAAAAAUGGUAUAACCCGAUCUCGACUUCUGCGUGAAUUAUGCUCUCUAAAGAUAAAUGCAGAUUAUUCAGCUGUAGAUCCAACUGGAAUAUGUGCUUGGCUGCGUGAAGCCACCCAUAUCACUGCAUUGAACAGUACAACUACUCCAAGAAAUCCAACUACAUCAGACUACAAUUUAAAUGAAAAUGACUUUCAAAAUAAGCUUUCCACCACCAAUAUAUCGAAUACAUGUGGACAAUAUUGCUAUACACAUGAUUUAUCUUGCUUAAACCAAUCUUUUGAUUUGCUUCAAUACGCAUAUAACUUGAUUUCAGCCGGUGUACAUCGUCCUUUCUUACCAUACUUAUCCGAUAAGAUGCUGUUAGAAGAUUGUCAGAUCAAAAAUGGAAUACACCGUAAACGUAUUCUAGACGCUAUACAGUCUUUCAUUACAAUGCACAAUCAAUUUCGUCUAACAGAUCAUGAUUCCAAGUUGAAUAUCUUUGCUCAACCAGAUAAAUAUAUUGAUGUAUUUAUUUCUUAUCGUCGUUCUAAUGGUUCACAAUUAGCAAGUCUAUUAAAAGUUCAUUUUCAAUUACGUGGCUAUAGAGUAUUUUUAGAUAUUGAUCGUCUUACUGCUGGAAAAUUUCAUGAAUCACUUCUUCACUCUAUCCGAUCAUCACAUAACUUUGUUCUUGUUUUAACGCCAAGAGCAUUAGAUCGUUGCUUAAAUGAUACUCACUGCACAGAUUGGAUACAUAAAGAAGUUGUUUGUGCAUUGAAAAGUGAAUGUAAUAUUAUACCAAUUACUGAUAAUUUUACUUGGCCUCCUGCUGAAUCAUUGCCUGAAGAUUUACGACCUAUAAUCACCUACAAUGCUGUCAAUUGUAUUACAGCAUCUUAUCACCAAUCAUAGAGACCGAAACCACCCAAUUAAGAAAUUCGACUUCAGCUAUUGAACCAACUUACUGAAGCAAAAUGAAAUAGUUUCCAAAUGGCCUGUCGUUUUUCAAGCAUUAAGAUUUCAUUCGAUCUCCGAAGCGAAGAUAUUUCCCGAACUCAUUCUUUACUUAUCCUUGAAGCUUACUUUUUCCACCCCAGCAUACCUACUCUCUCACAAUCUGUUUCUAACCUGUAUUUUGUAAUGAUUUUUUGAUAAUUAUAAAUCUCUUUUUAUCUAAAACUUCGUGAUUGGUCUUUUUUUAUCCGAAUCGAUUUCAUUACUUCUACACUUCAGUAUUACACUUAUUUCGCCCAUAUUAGUCUUCAAUAUUGAUUGUGUCAUUUUGCAAAUUACAAGAUACUAUAUCAAACAGACGCUGUGUCGAAUUAGUUCUGUCCUAUUCUAUGCAUAGUAGCAGGCUUGCUCAGUGGGACACUGUCUUAUUGUUGUAU